AUGCAGCGUGGGCCGCCGCGCAGCCACAUCAUCAUUAUCAUCAACGACCUGAGCAUGUUGGACAGAAUCCUAGAGCCCAUCCCGUUCAACUCAGAAAGGUCUUAUCCCUGUGUGUCUGUGUCCAGGCCUUAUCCCUGUCUUAUCCCUGUGAGUCUGUGUCCAGGUCUUACCCCUGUGUGUCUGUGUCCAGGCCUCAUCCCUGUGAGUCUGUGUCCAGGUCUUAUCCCUGUGAGUCUGUGUCCAGGCCUUAUCCCUGUCUUAACCCUGGGAGUCUGUGUCCAGGCCUUGUGUCUGUGUCCAGGCCUUAUCCCUGUGCGUCUGUGUCCAGGUCUUGUGUCUGUGUCCAGGCCUUAUCCCUCUCUGGUCCUCACUCUGUCUGUGGAGCAGAGCAGCCUCCUGCAGCUGCACCUUCUCACAGAUAAACGCGUUAUCUGCAGAGAGGAGCUGGGAUAG